AUGUACCAGACCCGAGACCUCCCCUUCAAACUGGACAGCGUCCCGGAGCCCAGCAACCGCAUCAUCGCCCGGGACGCCAGGGCCCAGCAGAGCCGGCUCCCCAAAGACUCGGGGACGCCGUUCAUGAACUACGAGGGACUCAAUCUCCGGACCCCAGACGGCGUCCCCAUCGGGCGCGGAGACGACGACGCGCUGCUGCACAGCCCGCUGCUGAUGGCAGGCUCGGAGCCGUGGACGCCCGGGCAGCCCAGGGGUGUCGCCCGCACUGUCUACGCAGAGGACGACCCCCGCCGUUUUGACGUCAUGUACCACGACCCGGACAAGGCCGACACAGGCACCCGCGGCAACAACGCGUUCAGCAGGGCGACGUACCAUCCUGCGUCUGCGGCGACGAGUGGCAAGGCUGAACUGAACCGCCGGCUUCCGCCCGCACAGGCCGACGAAAAGAGGUGGCCGAGACGAAGGGACUCUAAGCUGUAGGUCGUUUACAGGGAGGCGGCAGUAGAGAUGUGACUCGAGCGAAGGAGAUAUGAUUCGAGCGAAGGAGAUGUGAUUCGAGCGAAUGAGAUAUGAUUCGAUCGAAGGAGAUAUGAUUCGAGCAACGUCGUUCAAUUAUUAUUGCCUGUCAAAAUACACUCCAAAGAGGAAUUGCUGUCAAGUAAAGCUUCGGCUGACUUGAAGGUGGCGUUGGCAUGUUUGAGGGGGCCGGAAUGAGAGGUGUGGAAGAUGUUGAUUGGCAGUGUUUAGGAUUAUUG